AUGCCAAGCAAGAACCUAUCUGAGGACCUCAUCAUCGGCAUACUUUCAAGGUUACCAGUCAAGUCUCUUCUAAGGUUCAGGUGUGUAUGUAAACCUUGGUGUGCUCUUAUAACAGAUUCUGCUUUUAUCAAAAUGCACCUCACCCAAUCCCUUGCAACCAAUACCAACCUCACCCUCAUUGUUAACAAGUCCAAGUCUAUAGAUUUAUACUCUGUCGACUUAGAUGCUUGUGAACUCAAUCAACCAUUCAAAUCUCCAAUCUUCAGACCCACAGAUAUAUUGGGUUCUUGUAAUGGUUUACUCUGUAUCUCCAACUGUAAUAAUGACAUGUAUCUCUGGAAUCCUUCUACCAGAAGUCAUCACAAGCUGCCCUCAACACCUACAGACUAUAUUCCCUAUCACUGUGCUGCUUAUGGAUUUGGUUAUGACCCCACCACCGACGAUUACAAGCUUAUUAGGGUUUGGCAGUUCUAUAGGAAUGAUGACAACUCUUGGCAUUCGGAGGUGAAAGUCUACUCACUUAGCACCAACUCAUGGAGAAUGAUUGGGGACAUGCCUUUUCCUCCCAUCAAACGCCAAUGGGUGUGUGGGGUUCUCGCAAAUUCUGCUCUUCAUUGGGUUGCCAAUGUGGAUUUAGUUCUCGCUAAGGUCAGCCCAGGACAUCACGAAUCUGGCCUUGGGCUUAUCGUUUCCUUUGACCUUAAAGAUGAGGAGUAUCGAGAGGUGCCAUUGCCCGACUUUAUGGAUGAUGUUGACAUUGUGGAUGAUAAGUUUCUCAUGAAAGUUGGGGUCCUUGAAGGGCAACUCUGCUUGCUCAUUAACUUCAGCAUCCGUGUUGAGAUUUGGGUGAUGAAGGAUUACGGUGUGAGGGAUUCUUGGCUGAAACAAUUCUCCAAUGAACGACGAGAUGUGAUACAGAAUUUUUUUAAAGUUACACCUGUAUGCUAUUUAAAGAAUGGUGAAGUUAUACUCCGGGGAAGUCAUAGACCACUGCUUCUCUAUGAUCCCCAUAGAGGAAGGACUAGGCUUCUUAGGACUAGUGCUCCAGGUUCACUUGAUAUAGAUUUUUAUUUGGGUAGAAUAAUUGACAUAGAUAUUUGUGUUGGGAGUCUUGUUCCACUUAAUAUACCAAGGAUGGAACUGAACAAGAAAAAAAUUAAGAAAAGGAAACAAAGGUAA